GUGUAUUAGUGUGUCCGCCUUCUAUUUGAUAGUUCGUGACAGAUAAGUCUUGGGUAUUGAUGAGGAAAUUUAUAAGCUGACACCAAUGGCUGCAAGAUGAUGAAGAUGUUGUUGUACCCAAACCUCGGAGUUGAAACGAAAACGAAGUGGUUCCUGCGGGGCAAAACCAAAACCCAGUCUCUCUCUCUCAGCCCCACAUGCUGACGCUCGUGUCUGUUGUCACUGUCACCCCAAAUCUGCCCUCUGCCUUCCGACCCCAUCUGCUCUUUUCUGUUUUUUCCUCCGAGCCCUUCUCUCUGUCUCCCUAAAAUCCUAGACCUCUGUUAUCCCCUAAAGCCCUGAAGCUCGAUCUCUGCUUCUGCACAGAUACACACUGCUUGCCUUAGCAGUAUUUCAGAGCCAACCUUCCUUUUGAAUCAGAGUUGUGCAUUCUGAUCUGUGAUACAAACCCAUAAAUCUCUAUUGAACCCAGAUGGCGGCGUAUAGAGCGGACGACGACUACGAUUAUCUGUUCAAAGUGGUGUUGAUAGGGGACUCUGGAGUGGGCAAAUCAAACCUGUUAUCCAGAUUCACUCGGAACGAGUUCAGCCUCGAGUCCAAGUCGACCAUUGGUGUCGAAUUCGCCACCCGCAGUGUCCGCGUUGACGAUAAGAUUGUCAAAGCUCAGAUUUGGGACACCGCCGGCCAAGAAAGGUAUCGUGCAAUCACAAGUGCAUAUUACCGAGGAGCUGUUGGCGCAUUGCUUGUUUAUGAUGUCACCCGACACGUGACAUUUGAAAAUGUUGAGAGAUGGCUAAAGGAGCUCCGGGGCCACACCGACUCCAACAUUGUGAUAAUGCUUGUGGGGAACAAAGCAGACUUGCGUCAUUUGCGUGCUGUUUCCACUGAGGAUGCCAAGGCGUUUGCUGAGAGAGAGAACACCUUUUUUAUGGAGACAUCUGCCCUCGAGUCUCUGAACGUGGAGAAUGCAUUCACUGAAGUGCUUACUCAAAUUUAUCAUGUAGUCAGUCGAAAAGCCCUUGAUAUUGGGGAUGACCCUGCAGCCUUGCCGAAGGGCCAAACCAUUAACGUUACCAAGGAUGAUGUUUCAGCCAUUAAAAAGGUUGGUUGCUGCUCCGUAUAAUUGGCGAGAGGGACAAAGGUUGGUUGCAUCGAGGAAGGUAUGCAGAGAUUUCACCUUUGAAGCUUUAAUUUUUCCGGGAUCUUUUGUUGGGAUGCUAGAGCUUGUCUGGUGUUGGUCAGAGGUGUGGGCACUAACCAAAUGCAGCAGUCUUCCAGAUUUCCCUUUUCAUGUGAUGCCAAUUCCUUUCAAUUUGCUCAUUUUUGUUGUAUCUGAUUACUGGUUAGUUCAAUUUUUUAUGAUAAAAUGAUUGGAUACUCGAAAACGUUUCUUUGUUUUGUAUAGUAGAACUAUAUUUAGUACGAGGACCAUGUGCAAAAUUUGUUUUGGGACGAUUUUGAAUAUUAUUUGUGAUUAGUGAUCAGUUCUAA